AUGACUCUUACGUUUGAAUCGUUACCAAACGAAAUAUGGCUUAUUAUUUUCAGUUAUUUAUCUUCACGACAUACUUGGCGAACUUUUUUUGGUAUCAAUAAACGUUUAAAUCAACUAUUGACUUCGAACCUGAUUCGUCAUACUAUCGAUUUGAAAGACAUAUCUUAUCCUGAAAUAAUUCAACUACUUGAAAAUCAUGAUACAAAAUCACAUGGUUAUCAAUGGCAAGCAGAAUUUGUUUCUCAUGCGUAUGCAAUUUGUUUUGAAAAUAAUUUUGAUUAUGAAAUAUUAAUUAAUCGUUGGAUUGCAACAAACACAAAUUGGAAUUUAUCAUCUUUAAGAACAAUAUACAUUUUAUCAGAAGCGAUGAAAAAAAUUGGUAAAUUAUCUCAUGAACUCAAAUUUAUAAAAGUUCUCCAUCCACAACUCCAUUAUCUUCAUCUUGUUUUUGAUCAACCACGUUCUACUUAUCAUUCUGCUUUGUCGAACCUAGUGAAAGAACGUAUUUCAUGUCCAAUUAUGAUAUUAGAAGUAACUAGAGGACAUACAUAUCAAGAUUGGAAGUAUGACGAUUUAUACGAUAUAAAACAUUCACUAUGUUGGAUACGCACUGUUAAUUUGACUAUUAGUUUACAACAUUCAUCGGAGCUUAUUCUUCUCUUAACGCCCAAAUCUUUACCAUUACUUGAACAUUUGAAUGUAAUUAUCGAACAGCCACGGGAAGAUUUAAUAACUAGAGAAAAACAACCUAUAAAAUCUAUUCAUUUAUCCGAAAAGGAUCUUCAUUAUGCUAAUGCUGAUGGAACAAAAUUUCGAUCAUUUCAAUUAAUUGGUUCUUUAAAUUUACCUUCUCUUAAACGAAAUCAAUUUCAAUUUUUAUUUCGAUUUCCUACUAAAUAUGAACAUGAAUGGAUUCAAAGAUAUUUUAAUAAUGGAUGGCCAUUUAAUAAUGUUGGAUUUCAUGUGGAUAAACGUAUUGUACAACAGAGUAAUUAUUCAUCUCUAUUAGAUUUUAUUGAAGAUGCAUUUUUUAUCUACUCUAUUCCUUUUGAUGUAUUGAAAUAUAUGCGCACCAUACACAACUAUGAAUUGUUCACUCGUCAUUCAACAACAAUUCGAAAAAACUUCAUAUGUCAAAACAUGGAAUGGUUAUGCCAAUGGACAAACAAUGAAAUUCAAUUAAUUAAAAGUCUUCAAACAAAUCAAGUAGAAAUUGGCAUAACUCCAACAGAUAUCAAUCUAUGUUAUUAUCUUCGUUCGUUGACAUUUCAAUUAUCAUAUGUUUCACUCGAUUGUUCAGUACACAAUUCACUAUUACAAUUAAUUCUGGAUCUAUCACCUCAUCUUUUCUAUCUCCAUGUAAGAUGGAAAUAUCUUUCUCACUGUUCUGGAAGAUAUCCAAUGAUUAAACAUGUUCAUCUUACCCUUGGAAGAGAUGGUGCACAUUUCGAUGCAAUUCAAUUCAAUCGAAUCAUACCCAAAGUGCAUUAUCUUAGUUUUAGUGGACAAGAAUUAGUACGAGAAAAACAAAUGGUUAAUUUUGUAUGCGAGUUACUGGUUGAUAAAGGUCAUUUUUGUGAAUUAUUAUUAUUACAAAUAAAUAAAAAUGGUAAUUUCACACUAAAACCAUGUGUCAAAGAAAAUAUUAAACAAGCAAUUGUAGCAAAGAUUAACCGUCUAAAGGAUUCAACUACGAUUCAAAUUGAAUUUUCUUAUCGCAAUCAACUGAGUAUUUGGCUUUAA